UAAAAAUAAAAAGUCUUUCUUCUCCUUUCCCCCAAAUCGAUCGACGGACGGACAGAAGAAACUCCAUGGCGAUUUGGUUCUAGCAAGCUAGGUCUUCCCCUCCCGAUUAUUCCCCUUCCUUCCUUGUCGCCCCCACCGGCUGCUACAUCGACAGAGCCUUCCUGCGACUUCCCGGCCGCCGCGCAUCCAAUCUGCACGCCGAGUGGCCAAGGGACUGGAGGAGCAACAAGUACUUACCUUUCAAUCGGCGCAAUCAAGGAAGGAGAUAGAUGGCAGAAUUGGUCGGGCCGCGGGUGUACAGCUGCUGCCACUGCCGGAACCACGUCUGCCUCCACGACGAUAUCAUCUCCAAGGCCUUCCAGGGGAGGAAUGGCCGUGCGUUCCUCUUCUCCCACGCCAUGAACGUCACCACGGGGGCCAAGGAGGACCGGCAGCUCAUGACGGGGCUCCACACCGUCGCCGACAUCCACUGCCGUGACUGCCGCGAGGUGCUCGGGUGGAAGUACGAGCGCGCCUAUGAGGAGUCCCAGAAGUACAAGGAAGGCAAGUUCAUAUUCGAAAAGGCCAAGAUCGUGCAGGAGAAUUGGUAGCAAAUUAAACAAAGAUUCAACCAACCAUGUGUGCUCCCAGGAGAAUGCUCUCUCUUCUUUGUACAUAGCUGCAGUCCGUUUUCUUCUUUUUUAAACUACUACUACCAGUCUGUUGGUGUUAUUUCCAUGCCAUUUGUAAUUUGUUCUUUGAAAUGGUUUGUGAUUUGUUGUGUGGGGAGACAGAAUUAUCCUCAUUUGUGUGGGAGCCAUUUUCUCAUUGGUCAUAAAUAAAAAUGGAUGGUUUGACAA